AUGACAUUCUCUCAACCAAACUGCAGAACUCAGAAACUAAAAGCUAUCAAUUAUUUCUCGGAAACGGAAUUAAAAUGGUCAUCGUCACAAUUUUUCUUGGAUAAAAUCGACAACUUUCAAGGAUGUGAAAUUAUAUUUAGCGGGUACAUUUCUCCUCCUGCUGCUUAUGAGGAAUUACAAGACAAUAAAACAAUUAAAAUUACAGGAUAUCAUGUUGAUUUAAUUAACAUUAUUGCACCAUAUGCUAAUUAUACAGUUAAAAUCAGUUUCUUCAUGAAAAGACAGAGAAAAACAAAACUUGAUGUUUUUAUUUCACCCCUUCUGUUACAUGAUGUACAGAAGAGACAUCAUUUUAAUAUGCCCACACAAGCAAUUCACUACGAAUCUGUUCGAGCUAUUGUGCCACCAAGAGAAUCAUACACAUCUUUUGAGAAACUGUUAUUGGCAUUCGAUAAACCCGUGUGGAAUUUAAUAAUAAUAACAUUUGCUUUGGCCUUCAUGGCAAUCAUCAUUUUGCGAUUUUGUCCUCGAUCUAUCAGAGAGUUUGUCAUUGGAAGAAAUGUCAAAGAACCAGCUUUGAAUGUUCUUAUAGCAUUUUUUGGAGUUGGUCAAACGAUUUUGCCACGACGAAAUUUUGCAAGAUUUCUUCUGAUAAUGUUCAUUCUAUACAGUUUGAUCAUUCGAACAGCUUACCAAGGAAAAAGCUUCGAGUUUCUCCAAAAAUAUAUGAAAAGAAAAGGAGUUCAAACUGUCAAGGAUUUAUUUGAUAAGAAUUAUACGAUUUACACUAAUAAAUUUCUACAAACCGAAUGGAAAACUGCUGACAUAGUAAAACAAAUGCUAAACCAAAACAAUAUAACAACUCCAAUUCAUAUGUUGGACGAAAUUAUUGCUGUUGGACCGAAAUCGAUUAAGUUUGUUGCUAAUAUGGAACUUUUCAAAACUUUCGACGGAAAGUUAACUCAGUUAAGAGAAGCGGGAAUCAUGGAUCACAUAAUAAAACCUUACUAUAAACUUCACAAAGAAAAACCAAAUAAUGAUCCUAAAGUAUUGACGAUGGACGAUUUAUCAGCAGGUUUUGUAGACGAAAGCUUAUAA